CACCCGGAAGUGGAUCCCCGUCAAAAGCGUCCACUCCUCUGGACAGGAUGUAGACUCAUCAGUCAAGAUAUGGACCCAUCUCACCUCGAGUCCUAUCCCACUGGCCAGAAGUCUGAGCCUGCAGGCCUAGACGUCAGCUCCACCAGCCCCAACUGUGUCUCCCCAAACCAAGGAUCCAACUCUGUCUACCAAGAACUGGACCUGGACUCCCUGAAUGAAGAUCUUUCCUUGUCUGUCCCAGAUGCCAUAACAGAGACUUCGGCGUCCACAAAUGAAUCCCACCUAGCUUCAGAACCAGAUCUGACGGAGGCUGAACAAAUGGAGCUCAAAUCUGAGCUUACAAAAUUAGAGGAAGAGAUCUUAAACUUACGUGACCAGCUCGCAGCCAAAGAGAAGCGAUGUGGCGAACUCAAGAGGAAGUUAGGCUACAUGGCCUUGGUGGGACUGAGGCAGAAUCUGUCCAAGAGCUGGCAUGAUGUUCAGGCCUCCAACACCUACAUGAAGCAGAAGACUUCAACUGCCCUGGCCUCGGUGGGUUCUGCCAUCAGCAGGAAGCUUGGAGACAUGAAGAAGUCAUCCACAUUCAGAUCUCUUGAAGGGUUGGUGGGAACAGUCAAGUCAAGAGUUGCAGGUGGCAGAGAGCUCGGCGGUGAUGACAUUCUUCCUUCACCAGCAAAUGUCAGUGAUCCACACUCGGUUCUGGGGAGUGGAUAUGAAACUGUUGCAGGGCUUGAUGAGCAACUGUUUUCUGUCCUGAAGCCAGAGUAACCCUCUUUGUUAGCAUGGCUUGGCUGCCAAACCUGUAUAUGUAUAUUCCUUCUUCGGUCAUCACACUAGUCAAACAAAAACAAGCAAACAACCAACAAUGGUAAAACUAUUGUAAUCCUGGACAUAGAUACUUUCCAGUUGUGAUAACAAGAAUACCCAUUUCUGCAUAUAUACUUGCUGCUCUUAAAUGAGAAAGAAACCCAAGUUUUAUACUACUUAUUAAUACUGAAGUUUGUAGAAGAAACAUAUCUCUAUGAUAGCUCUUCUGUGGCUACUUUUAGUGGACUCAGUAAUGGCUCCAAGGGGUCUUAGACCAGACCCUAACCUCUUUGAACGAUUGGUUUAUUAGAAGGCCAAUGAAAUUUCUGUCUGGGAUUGGGAAAAGGUGUGAAGCAACCUGGCUAGAUAUUCUACAAGCACCAUUUUCCACAAGCACUACUUGACCUACCACCGUUAUUUUGUUGCAGUGUUGGGGAUGCGGCCCAAUGACUAUCAUAUUCUGCACAAAGUCUCCUGACUUCAUCCCUGUCAUCGCAGCUUUUAUUUUGAAAACACAACUGUCCAGUUUAAGGCAGCCAGAAGAGAAAAAAAUAUUGGCUACUGAUUGUUACUCUAAAACUAUACAUUACACUUUUCAAAGCAGCCAAUUUCAAAGCUUUAAUUUGGGAGAUUAAUAUUUUGGACUCAAAAUGCUAAUUUACAUCGCCUGUACUUUUUUGCUCUUUGGAUAUUAAAGUUGCAGUUUAAAGUUUAACCCUUGAGGCAGCAAGUCUUCCACCACCAGUUGUCAAUUAGUAAUCACCUUCAGCUAAGGGACAGGAGGGACACAAUGUAUCCAGAUUAAGAAAUAUAAGCCUCCACCCACCUCCAUCUUAAAUAUUUUAGUCUCUGGUAAUGCUGACUGCUAUGACUUUGAACUGGCCUUACAGAAUAUACAUCACUCUUCUGGUUGACUCUAAACCUUGCCCGUUCUUAACCUCAACUAGAAAGAAAGAACCCAGCCCUUCAAAAGGAACCUGUAGGAACUGAAGUUGAGUUUGUUCAACCUUUCUAACAUCUCAUUUUUACAAGAAUUGUGUUUUGUUCUUUUUUGUGUGUGUUUUGUUCCUUAUUUUCCCUUUUCAAAAUCCCUACCCCAGCAGCUUCCUUCUCUCCUCCCACAACACUGUCUGAAAUAGGAGCUGGUUUAACCUUGAAUUGCAAUCUACAGUUUGCUUGAAUACAUUUCAAUAGCCUGUCAUUGCCUACGAGUUGGCCCUUGAGUCCAAGCUCCCAAUCCUAUUUUGCUAUUUCUUGAAUAUUUCUCUUACAUCCAUUUUGUUCUCUAAAGUGAAACUAAAUACUGCUGUCAAUGUAGAGGCUCUUUGAAAACUGUAAAGCCAUUAAAUCCCAGCCCUCCACAGAGUCCCACAGGCCACAUUUUUUGCUUGGAUUAAAAGAAGUUAUACAAGUCUG